AUGUCAUGUGAACAAACACCUUGUUCAGUGGGUCUUCACUUAGGAGAAACGUGUCAUAAAUUGAGUUAUACCAAACAAAUUGGUCAAAGAGUUUCAAGUGAACUCAGUGAUGUUGAGAAAGACCUCAUUAUGUGGAGAACAGGUCUGCCUGAACCUGAAGGUUUUACAAUAUGUAAUCACCAUGAAAAAACUGUUGUUGUAAAGUACGCCAGCUAUCAAAGAAAGUGCUGUAAUCCAUUCAACUUGGAGAAGCAUUCAGCAAAAGGAUCCUUACGAGAAAUAACCAUUGAUGUGGCAAGGGAUAUGAAAGAACAUGGAAUUAGUGUUAAACCUGGCAAGAAAUUAUGCCCAUCAUGUAGAAUGGAAGUAGAGAAGCAAAAACAAACAAAAGAUUUUGAAACUAGUUGCGAGGGCGAUGAUGAGUACGAUGAUGCUGAAGCCAUGGAACAAGAAAUAACUCUAGAAGCCGAUAAGAAGGAAUUAAAUGUAUCUUUUAAAGAAAUUAAUGUUAGCCCAGUGAAAUUACAUGCAAUUGGUGAGCAUUCGAAAGUCAGCUAUGGUAAAAGGAAAGUGUCACAGUUACAGAAUAAAUUAAAGGAAAAGCACUCAAGGAUUCAAGAAAAGAUAGCAAAUGUUUUAAAUGUCGCACCAGAGGAAAUUGAAUGUAGUGAGCAGGAAAAUGCUAUUUCGGAUGAAAUAAAGAACAAAGCAAGUGAUCUUGACAGAAUUGUUGAGUUGAUGAAAGAAAAAAUUCAAAUUUCACCACGAAAAACAAAGAUUCAAGUUCUGACAAUGACACCAUCAUCUUGGUCAGUCAGAAAAACAGCAGAGGUGUUUGGUGUCUCAAACUACAUGGUCCGCAAAGCAUUCGGGCUGCAAAAGGAAAAGGGUAUUCUGGCAACUCCAGGGGCAAAGAAAGGUAAUGUCCUACCUGAUACAGUCGAGACCCUCGUGAAAGAAUUCUACUGUAAUGAUGAAAAUAGCAGACUUCUUCCUGGAAAGAAGGAUUACGUAAGCAUUGGCAGAAACCACCACAUGCAGAAGAGAUUGAUUCUUUCGAAUCUGAAAGAAUUAUACUCAUCUUUCAAAGAGCGAAAUCCUGCUGUCAAGAUUGGAUUUUCAAAAUUCUGCAUGCUAAGACCAAAAUGGUGCAUAACAAUUGGUGCUUCAGGAACACAUUCCGUUUGUGUUUGUACAUAUCAUCAAAAUGUUAUUCUUCUUUUAAAUGCUAUUAAAAUUGACAAAACAUAUCAUGAGUUGAUUGAAAUGAUUGUGUGUGACAGGGAUUCAAAGGAGUGCAUGGUACACAGAUGCUCGCAUUGCCCUGGAAUUGAGCCACUGAAAGCGUUUUUAACAACAGCUUUAACUAGAAACGAGUCAGAUGACAGUAACGCAGAUAGUUCAGAUAACAGUGAUAGUGAGAAUGACUAGAGUGAUGACCCGGAGAUAACAUUCAAUCAGUGGAGCAGUACAGAUAGAGCAGAGUUAAUAAAACAGACUACCAGCCUAUCUGACUUUAUUGAAAUCCUUUCUGACAAACUUAACAAGAUUACUGUCCAUUCUUUCAUUGCAAAAGCCCAAGGUAGCUAUUUAAAGCAACAGAAAGAGAACUUAGAUGAAAAAUAUGUCAUUGUUUUAGUUGACUUUGCUGAAAAUUACAAGUUCUUGGUGCAGGAUGAAAUUCAGGGCUACCAUUGGAACAAAACACAGAGCACAUUACAUCCAGUGGUUGUAUACAGCAAGAAAGAUGGCGUGCUUGUUGAAAGAUCUCUUUGUUUUGUUUCUGAUGACCUGAAUCAUGAUGUAGACAUGGUUUACAAAAUAAUGAAAGAGACUAUCAGUUAUAUACUGGAGCAUGUCAAUGACGAAUGCAAGUUAGUGCAUUAUUUUUCAGAUGGUUGUGCUGGGCAGUAUAAAAACUGUAAGAAUUUUCUAAAUCUUUGUUAUCAUAAAGAAGAUUUCGGCAUUGAUUGCAUAUGGAAUUUCUUUGCGACAAGCCAUGGUAAAUCACCGUGCGAUGGUGUAGGUGGCACAGUCAAAAGACUUGCAGCAAGAGCAAGUUUGCAAAGACCGUAUGACAAGCAAUUACUUUCAGCACAAGAAGUAUUCACAUUCUGCAAAGACGAAAUCAAAGGCAUUCACUUCAUUUUCAUUUCACAGGCAGAUAUGGAAAUUACCAGAACGAUGUUAGAACCACGUUACACAAUUGCCAAAACUGUACCAGGUACAGGCAGCUUCCAUCAAUUUGUCCCGCUCUCUGCUUCUUGCAUUGGUACAAAACGGAUAUCAAUGGAGCAAAACUUUGCACUAAAAUUUAAUUUUUUAUCUACCCCUGCCAGUGAACCUAUUGUACUUUCAGCGAAUUCUUUUGUUGUAUGCUUGUAUGACGAGGAACACUGGAUUGGUUUGAUUGAAGAAGUUGACAGUCAUCAAAGAGAUGCAAAAAUAAGGUUUAUGCACCCCAAGUGCAUCGCACGAUCAUACUUCUGGCCAGUAAAAGAUGAUAUUUGUUGGGUUCUGGAUGCGAACGUUAUUUGUAACAUUUGUGUUCCAACAACAGUCACUGGGAGGCAGUACAAACUGCAGCCUAACGACCAAGAUGUUUUACGCGCAUCCAUAGAUAAACAGUAGCGAUCUCUACUGCUAUUAGGUUUUGAUCAAAGGUACUUUGAGACACGAAUUACUGGAUGCUGAUUGGUUGAGAGGAGUACAAUUAUUUUAUUAAUUGUACUGUACAUUUAAUGAUUUUCCAAAAACAAACAUGUUGGAAAGGAAAAGACAAGCAAAUGAAAUGUCCUUAUAGGAAUUUAGGGCGAAAGCACCAGAUGAAAAUACGAUCAAAAGCACAAAAUUUUGGUCGAGUCUGGCUAGUUCGGCUGUAUUAUAUUUGUUUAAUAUUACCAACUGAUCUAUCACUUAAUGGGUAAAUAAAAACUGACAACUAGUUUCCUUCGCUAAUUUCCUUGUUUAAAAAUAAAUAUAGAAUUUGAAGAAUGGAAAGCAAGAACAGAAGAAGAUGGUAUUUGCUCGUAUGUGAAAACAACAGGUGGAAAAGGAAAUGUUCAAUACUACCAGUGUAACCAUGGUGGCCUGUACAAACUAAACAGCACUGGAAAAAGAAGAAUGAAGUCUAAGGUACAGUGGUUACUUUAUUUAUCAUAUGCAAUUGUGUGGAGAACAACAUGAAGAGAUAGGAUUAUUUAUAUAAAAUUAAAGAUUGAAAAUUGUUAUAUUUUCAAUUGAUCUAGGAACUUGUAAAAUGCAACAUAACUGCACAUCCACCUUUAAAACAACAAAGCAUGAAGAUGGUAAGAUAUCAGUUGAUGUUUGCCACACUCAUUAUGGUCAUGAACGACAACUUCAGCACACCUGGCUGGCAAAGACAAAACGCCAAGAAAUUGCUGCACUACUAUAACAGGGAGUGUCAAGAGAAAGAAUUCUAGGAGAUAUCAGAGAAGAAGCUAUGCAACAAGGCGAUGAUUUCAAGUGCUCAUAUCUUACAGGAAAAAAGGAUCUCUCCGACAUAAUGGCUUCCUUCGGGAUUGAUGACGUGCAAAGACACACAGAUGAUCAAGAAAGCGUUAGAGCAUGGGUAGAAGAGUGGUGCCAGAGUGAGAACAAUCCAGUGUUGUUUUGCAUGUUCCAGGGAGAAGAUGGUCCAGAAGGUAUUGAUUUGGCGAAGCAUGAUUUUAUGAUAAUAAUCCAAAGUCCUUUCCAGAAAGUGAUGUCUAACAAAUUUGCUACCAAGGGAAUCUGUUUAAUGCCACACAUGGAACUAAUGGUUAUGAUUUUCCGUUGA